GUUCCGAGGCUCCCGGGACGUCAGUGGCCAAUAAGAGUGGAGCAGGGGCGGGGCUUGUGCCGAGGCGGGAAGAUGGCGGCGGUUGCUGGCGCAGUCUAUGAUCGCUUGAAGGAACUGGGCUGCCCUGCAUUGGAAGGUGUCUAUCUGUCAGAAGCUAAAGAUAUAUUGCAGUUGCUAUGUACCCCCUCUCCCCAUCGUCUGGAUAUCCUGGAAUGGAUUUUCAUCAGUGUGUAUCCUCCCUUCCGAGAACAGAUCUCAUCUCUCAAGGAAUCUCAGACAGAUCUGAAAAUUAAAGAAAUGACAAAGUUGGGGUAUGAGCUGAUGCUUUGUGAAGCCGAUGACCUGGAUCUCAUCCAGGGAAAGGCUUGUGCCCAGAAGCAGCUCAACUUCCUGGGGCAACUACUGGCUGUGAUUCUGCCUCAGGGUAACAUCACAAUGUCUGACUCGUUGUCAGACUUCAACACUUUUUCCAGCACCGAGGAAUCUUUCCAAGAGAUAACCAGGAAGAAUGAAGAAUUUGUCAAGCAAGUUUUCUCCAGCUCUGAUCUUCAGGCUGUGCUGAACCCUGAGUGUUAUCCUUGGAGUUCAGACAUCAAGUCCAUUCUGUUGGGUGAAGAAGCACUUGUGAAAAGGACCUUUCCAUCAAGGACGUCCCAAGAGAAAACUCUGCUGGAGCUAUCGCAGAAGCUGAAGGAGCUGGAAGCAGCCCUGCAAGAUCUAAAAGCAGAGUGCUCAUUCCUGCAGGGGGACCAAACGGGUGCAGAUGCACUUCCUGACAGCGCUACAGCUCUGCAGACGCUCAAGCUGGUUGUCUCCGACUUCAACCAGCUGCUUACAGCCUUUGAGCAGGUGUAUGAGAAUGAGCUGCAGAAGUAUUGUGGGCGCCCGGCUCCUACACUGAGCCCUUGUGGGACCCUCUUUCAAACAGUGCAUCACAGCUUGAUGCUCUGUAUGCAGGAGCUGCAGGGUCUGGCCCAGGUUACAGAAAGCUCUGAGUGCCUCAUGAAGAUGGUGAAAUGGAGGCAUGGAGAGAAGGUGGCUUGGAAUGGCCAUGCUAAAACCACACUGCCUUUGAAACUUGAGGAGCUGCGACAGAAAUACGAGGCCAUCCAUACUUCGCUUUAGGGACUGCCAGCGAUCCUGAGCUCUAGUGGACUGCAGUGGUUGGUUAUUUGGGGGAAAGUGGAGGGGAAGACUCCAUGAUCUUGAUAAGGAAGGGAUCAGUAUUGAGAAAACCAGUUAAUCCAGAUGAAAGCCUAGAACACCUCACCUAGUGUGUGGGACUUUUUUCCCCUAGUUGUGUUUUUUUAUUAAGUGUUCAAGAUAAUAAAAGUGUUUUGUCAGCA